UGGUUGUCAACCACGACUGUAUUUAUCUUCAUUUAUGAAGAACCCUAAAGGGGAAGUAAACAAAACACUCAAAGGCUGAAAGGGAAGGUACUCUUUUAUUUAUGUUUCCAACCAAUCACAUGGCUAUCCCACAAUCCACCAUUGUAAACAGAAAAUUUGUUAUGGCCGCCAGUAUCUCUCAGACCCGAUACGAUUAUAAAAUUGCAUUUCAAGCAGCUAUUAAGGAGGGUAAAAUUGUUCCAGUUGCAUUUGAAAAGUGUCCACUUUGUUGUGAAAACAGAGGAUUUCUUCUUUGUGACGUUUGUGUGAACAAGGGAUUAUUCAACCACACACAAAGGAGAGACAGUGGAAGAUUUUGUGAUAAACGCCAGCAACUGUUCGACAAAAGGCGAGAGAGAAGGGAACUGGUUAAAAAAUUUGAAUCACAUGUGGAAGGACUAUGUAGGGUGAAUGCAAAGCGAACAGAAAUAGAAUCAGCAAAGAAAAAUAUUGUUCUUCUAAAAAAGGCCAUAGCAGAUACUAAGUCAAAAUGCAUUACAGAACGGAUUGUGGUGUCGCAGAACAAGAAGAGGCGGAGGAAUCUCAGGGCAAAGCUGGAUCUGGACCAGCAAGAGACGCUGCCCAACUUGAAGCUCAGGAUCACAAACUUGUCCGAUCCAGACACUCAGAGCUUGCCUACUGUCCUCGACGUGCUGAGGGUCCGCUUUGACAGGGACCUGAACGUGCAGCAGCUGAUAGCGCUGGCAGCCACGAACAUUCCACGCCAGAGGAGACCCUCGGGCCAGCUGCAGGAAGGGACCAGUAUAGACCCCAAAUCGGUGCCGGUGCUGUGGCAGGAACUGCAGUUGUACAAUCAGUAUUUAGCUACCCAGAGAAGGGCUUUCAUUCAGUGCAUGUCUCAAAGGAUUUUUCCCAUAAAGGAAAUAUUUGUGCCAAGCAGCAGCAAUUUGGAGAUGAGUAUGGCCACUGCCCUGAAAGAUGCAAGUGAAACGGCAUUCAUUGCCGGCCGCUGGGUGCAUGUGGAUCUCAGGGGAGAAAACCACUGUAUGGUGAUUCAGUCCACGUUGCCUGAGUACAGUGGUGAUUCUUCAGCUCUUGGCUUAUUUGUGAUGACAAACAGAUAUGCCUCAGAGAACCCAGACAAGGUGCCUGUGGGCAACCCCAGCUAUGGAAUCCAGUCUGCCCUGGGCUACACAAACAUGUUUGUCUCCCUUGCUGCAAAUAUAUGUGACGUCCAUCUGCCCCGCAAGUGUUCAUUCAGGGAGCUGCGCAAUGACAUCUCGGAGUAUGACUUUUGUAACUUUGUGUGGCGCUUGCAUCAGAACAUCCGGCAUUGGGCAGCUAGUCAGAAAGUAGAAUGUGCUCAGAUGGUGGACUACCUCUCUCUACGUAACUUGCUGGCCAUUCUUGAGAGUUCAGGUCUCGGCAGAGUGGGAGCGUUUGAGGCCCAGUACCGCAUGCCAGUGAAGGCGGAGCUUUGCCCUCUGGAGUAUGAGAGCGACGAGGAGGAGCUGGAUGCAAGCGGGCCUGACAUGGACGUCUCGAGGGAUUGGGAGCGCGUCCCGUCUGGCUUGCCGUCGUAUGAGGCCGCCAACAUGGGUGUGUCGGCGCCCGUGGACACCUCCACGACCGGGGCCUUUCUCAACGCUGCGGCCAGCCUCACGGGCUGGUUCAAGUCCUACUACAAUAAAUGACCCGUGCUCAGGAUCAGGUGUGGGCGAGAGAUGGGGGAGCGAUUCGAAUGAGGGUUAUCUAGACAGCUGCCCCAAUGGACCAACAGUUCUCAAAGUGUUAACAUUUUUAUAGGAAAGCAUUGCCUCAUAAAAUUGGUGAAAAUUGAACAGAACUGGUCCAUUAGUAGAAAAUAUGAAAAUUUAGUUUUGACAAAGGCAGCAGCUUAUCGUAAGAAAAAUGAAAGUAUAUUGUUUAGAGAAAAGUUUCAUUUAUGAUAUUGAGGUCAAGCUAAUGUUUAUGGUUGGGGUUUUAAUUGCUGUUAUGUCUUAAUUUUCUCUGGAUGUAGGUGGGAGGCAGUUGGUGUAGAACCCUUGGUAAGGCUGUAUUGGUGAGGUACUUACAUAAAAUUUACAAUUUGGUCUUCCGUGCAGAGAUGUGAAAUCGUGGAGACACAGCAAAGACCUGUAACUUUAAAGUUAGUGAAGAAAAAAAAAAUUACUUUUUUUCCUUUGACAGUGGUGAAUUGAAUGCACCAACACCUGUUUUCAUAGAAAAGGAAAGUUUUAGCUGAUUUGGGGAAUACACAGCUUUGGUCAAGAUUUUUUCACAAUAGGUAUUUUGCAAUGGUUGGCUUCUUUGAUGGAACAGUUACAUUUCAAGCUUAAGUAAAAAAGAAAUGAAAAAAA